AUGCUGUGCAAACCUACCUAUUCGAUGAACAACUACCGCAUGGAAUAUUUACAGAACUCCACAAGCUCUGUAAUCGAUCUGAUCAACAAAACUAGCGACAUUCUGCCCGAUCUCUACCCCGGCGACCUCAGUAGGGGAGUGAACAACGUCUUCAACGACUACGAGAAUCUAUAUCUUGGAAUGGGUGGGACAGACUCUGUGUUCUCCGAAGCGGUACCGCCCUUCUUCCAGAUCAUCGAGAACCUCAAUGGCGGUGAGAAGGCCAACUUUACCCUCAAAAACCUACUAGAGCCGAACGUAUUCAAGUCGAGCGUGCAGUCGCUCGUUGUUGAAACGGCAGUUCAACUCUUAUACAUGAACAUCAUGGCAGAGAUGUCGAACUUCGAAACCGAUCUCUUCCAAGGUACUUCGAUCUAUUUCGAGAACCGCCUGCAUAUGGAAGCCAUUCUUAAUGGUUUCUUGUGCUCAUCUUCCUCGUGCCAACAAAAGUCAAGGCCAAAGGAGCAAUCGGAUCCACUUUGA